AUGUCCCAAUAUAAUACGAAAAACCUACGCGUCACAGCCAACGGACUGAAUGGCCAUUGCCAACAACGUACACAUGCCCAAGUAUGUGGAACUCAUCCCAAGCAGCCCAACUGUAAACCCUCGGAUAUCAAAGACCAAGACCAAGACCAAGACCAAGACCAAGACCAAGACCUCAGUCCUCUCCAAAAGCACGUCCAUUUCUGGGAUCGCGACUCUGAUGGUGUCAUCUGGCCCUCGGAUGUCUACAGCGGCUUCCGCGAACUCGGUUUCGGCCUCUUCUUCUCAAUAGGCUCUUUACUCAUCCCCAUCUUCUUUUCAUACCCUACGCGGCUGGGGCACAGUUGGAUUCCUGACCCCAUGUUCCGCAUCAAUGUCAAACACAUCAACAAGGCCAAGCAUGGUUCCGACACUGGAAUAUACGACUUUGAUGGAAACUUCAACCACGAGCGGUUCGAGCAACUAUUUGAUCGUUUUGACUCUUCGGGUGAAGGAGGUCUGACAGCUGAUGAUCUGCUGAGGUUAUGGAAGAAGGAUCGAUGUGCGGCUGAUCCAGCAGGCUGGACUUUUGCAUUCAUGGAGUGGUGGACAACCUACGUCCUGUUGCAGAAGGACGGACUUGUACAUAAGGACGACUUGAGAGCGUGUUAUGACGGUAGUCUCUUUUGGCGGAUCAAGGAGAGAAGACGUAACAAUGGAUAG